GAGCAUUCAACUGAUCUCAAAAUAAGAUUAAGUUGAAUUUCUAAACAAGAAUAUCAUAUAAAUAGAAAGAAAUCCUUAGAAUAGCCAUCAUUCACUCAAUUCAAUUCGAAGACUGCGAAUCAUCUAAGAAAAGAAUGAAAUUCUUUGUGGUACUCUUCGCUGUUAUUGCCACCGCUGCAGCUGGUGCUAUUUCAACUGAAUACCUGCCUCCAGUUCAGGAUGCUGCUAUUCCUUCAAACGAAUACUUGCCCCCAGUAGCUGCUCCUUUGGCUAUUGCUCCUGAGGAACCCACAAUUCUUGCUGAUGAUGGAUACCGUUACAAGACCGUCAAGCGUUUCCGUUUGAGGCAUCGUCGUGAUGUCAACGAGCUCCCAUCCAACGAAUACUUGCCCCCAGUUGAGGAAGCUCAAUACGCUCUUCCCCAAGCUCAACCUGAGAUCCAAACCGUCUUGGCUGAUGAUGGAUACCGUUACAAGACCGUCAAGCGUUUCCGUUUGAGGCACCGUCGUGAUGUCAACGAACUCCCAACCAACGAAUACUUGCCCCCAGUUGAGGAAGCUCAAUACGCUCUUGCCCAACCCCAACCAGAAAUCCAAACCGUCUUGGCUGAUGAUGGAUACCGUUACAAGACCGUCAAGCGUUUCCGUUUGAGGCACCGUCGUGAUGUCAACGAACUCCCAUCCAACGAAUACUUGCCCCCAGUUGAGGAAGCUCAAUUCGCUGUUGCCCAACCCCAACCAGAAAUCCAAACUGUCUUGGCUGAUGAUGGAUACCGUUACAAGACCGUCAAGCGUUUCCGUUUGAGGCACCGUCGUGAUGUCAACGAACUCCCAUCCAACGAAUACUUGCCCCCAGUUGAGGAAGCUCAAUUCGCCGUAGCCCAACCCCAACCAGAAAUCCAAACCGUCUUGGCUGAUGAUGGAUACCGUUACAAGACCGUCAAGCGUUUCCGUUUGAGGCACCGUCGUGACGUCAACGAACUCCCAUCCAACGAAUACUUGCCCCCAGUUGAGGAAGCUCAAUACGCUUUCCCAGAAUCCGACAUUUUGGCUAACGAUGGAUACCGUUACAAGACCGUCAAGCGUUUCCGUCUCAGGCGUCAUUAAGUUCAAUGGCUUUGUGAUAGAUUAAUUUUAGAUACCUCCGCAUAGAAAUUUGAGUUGAAAAUGAUUGAAUGAAAUAAAAUAAAAAUGAAAUAUUUGAAAAUUA